AACAAUGUGUCAUUGAUGUUGGAGUUGUGUAGAAUACCUGCUGAUGCUGUGGGCCAUUGUGACCUCAAGCUGCUGCUAAAAUCAGUCCAAUGCAACAGGCGUUUUAAGAACAGCAGCACAAAAAUGAGGACUUAACUGGAUGGAAAAUAAGGCUCAUAUUUUCAAGAAGGCCUCUUUAUUCAUAGAGUAAGCAUUUGCGUUCAAGAUGUCAAGUGGUGCAAGCUCUUCGGGAUCUUACUUGCCCUCAAAAAGAAGUUCUAAAAUAGAUGACAACUACUUGAAGGAACUGAAUGAGGACUUAAAGCUAAGGAAGCAGGAACUACUUGAGAUGCUAAAACCUCUAGAAAACAAGAACAACCUCUUAUUCCAGAAGUUGAUGUCCAACUUGGAAGAAAAACAGAGAAGUUUGCAGAUCAUGAGCCAGAUCAUGGCAGGAAAGGGGUCUGAUGAAUCCCCAGUCAUGGAGCUCAUCAAAGAAGCAGAGGAGAUGAAACAGAACCUGGAAAGGAAAAACAAGAUGCUUCGGAAAGAAAUGGAGAUGCUAUGGAACAAGACAUUUGAGAAAGAAGAACUCCGUGAUCAACAGAAAGCACCACAGAUAAAAACCAAGGAAGAUUUUGAGGAUGAAAAUGCAUCCAAGUCCCCCUUACCACCAAGGAGGACCAAGAAUGAACUGGAGAUAUUAUUUGCAGAAAAAGUGAAGGAGAUAAAGAAGGAAAAGCAACAGAGGAAAAUGGAGUGGGUCAAGCAUCAGGAACAAGCCAACAUCCACCAGAAUGACUUUCACGGCAAAGUGAUUGAGCUGAGAAUUGAAGCCUUAAAGAACUAUCAAAAGGCCAAUGACCUGAAAUUAUCACUAUACUUACAGCAAAAUUUUGAGCCAAAGCAAGCAUUUUUAAAUCUUCCAGGGUUCCAAGGUACAAAGGGGACCACAACUAUGGACAGAACAGUUACUGGCAGACAUGACCCCAAUGUGAGAAUCCUGGGAUCAAAGUCCUACUCAGAAGAGCAGGGGUCUAAAGGAAGUCAGUUGGAUGAUAUAGGAGGAAGGCUCUUUUUUCUGAGGUCACUGCCAGAUGAAGCUCUGAAGGAUUAGAAGACUUUGACUCCAUUUGCUUUGGACAGAUUUAAAGACUAGCACAGCCAUUUGUGUUCAUUAAAAUCUCU